AUGAUAAAUUUUAGAAACGCACGUAGUGAAAUUAAAGAACGUGAUGAAGAUGAGCCACAGCAAUUUCCAUUAUUACCAGAAUAUGAAUCUGAGGAUGAAAUGAUAAUGAUUGAAACAAAUGGUGAAUCUGAAGAUGAUAGAGAGACUCAAGAUUUACCGGUUGAAGAAGAAGAUCUUUAUGAGCCAUCUGUAAUUCGUAUUAAUGAAGACAGUUCAGAAGAAACUUUGAACUGGAAUACGAUAAAGGAAAAAGUAGACACAUAUCGAAAGCAAUUGAAAAAGGGAAAAUAUGCUGUCGAUACGCUAUAUUAUUUUUUAAUUGACUACUCUGGUUUUCAUGGUCCAACAUCAAAUCUAUUAUCUGGCUAUUUUCCAAAAAUGUUGAAUGCACUUCCAAAAAAUAUGCGGUUUUGUGUUUCAACACUUUCUGAAGAAGAAACAAAAUUUUUCGAUCUACUUUUGAGGACUGAAGAUAUUGCUGAUAUUAAAACGGUAACAGAAGAAGAGAAAAUUCUUAAAAGGCUUGCCAAUAAUAUUUUUGACGCUAUUACAAUGCAUGGGAGGGAUGAUUUAUUUGAAGUUGAACAUAUGUUUCGCAAUAUCGUCCCUCUACUUGAUGCAACAAUAAGGAAGGACAACCAUUAUCGGGUAAAAUACGGCGAAACAUUACUGGAAGCAACCGCAAAUCGCCGAAAUAAAGGAACUGAUCCCAAUGAUCGUGCGCGAAUUGGAUAUAAAGUUGAUGUGAUAUUUGAAUACCGAAUCAGCUGGGCCCCCGUUAUUGGAUGUAUGGAGGUGUCUGGUGGUCUCCCACGGUGUUCACGUUCCAAGGAAUGGGAUGACACCCGAAAAUUAGGCUUGGAACUCCGAGACUUAUGGCUGGAUGCUAUGGAAAAAUUAGCAGGUGCAAAUGCAAAUGAAAUAGUCUGGUGGGGUCUUACUGUAGUUGGCCUAAAGAUUAGAGUAUAUGCACUUGCUGCCGCCGGUGGACUAUUCCAUUUAGUCCUAAUGUAUGAAUGUCUUCUCCCAAGUUCUCCGGUAGAUCUUGUUAAUCUAGAACUUGCAUAUCUUGUAUUGAAAGAAUACAAGAAAAAACUAGAUGAAACAAGAGACAUUCUAUGUAAACUCAAUCAGGAAAGAAUAAAACUGAUUACUAGGGGAAAAAGAGGAUCAGACGAAUUGCUCAGAGAAGUUGGAAAAAAGCCAGAAAUUAUAAAUACGCCGGAACCAAGAAAGCGAAAACUCCUACGGCAUAUGAUUUCAUACAUGGCUUCAUUCUUCUGGAAUUGGUCCUCAUACUUUCCCACGUUUACAUGCAUCAUGAAGCCAAGUCUUAAGACUCAAGAUUUACCGGUUGAAGAAGAAGAUCUUUAUGAGCCAUCUGUAAUUCGUAUUAAUGAAGACAGUUCAGAAGAAACUUUGAACUGGAAUACGAUAAAGGAAAAAGUAGACACAUAUCGAAAGCAAUUGAAAAAGGGAAAAUAUGCUGUCGAUACGCUAUAUUAUUUUUUAAUUGACUACUCUGGUUUUCAUGGUCCAACAUCAAAUCUAUUAUCUGGCUAUUUUCCAAAAAUGUUGAAUGCACUUCCAAAAAAUAUGCGGUUUUGUGUUUCAACACUUUCUGAAGAAGAAACAAAAUUUUUCGAUCUACUUUUGAGGACUGAAGAUAUUGCUGAUAUUAAAACGGUAACAGAAGAAGAGAAAAUUCUUAAAAGGCUUGCCAAUAAUAUUUUUGACGCUAUUACAAUGCAUGGGAGGGAUGAUUUAUUUGAAGUUGAACAUAUGUUUCGCAAUAUCGUCCCUCUACUUGAUGCAACAAUAAGGAAGGACAACCAUUAUCGGGUAAAAUACGGCGAAACAUUACUGGAAGCAACCGCAAAUCGCCGAAAUAAAGGAACUGAUCCCAAUGAUCGUGCGCGAAUUGGAUAUAAAGUUGAUGUGAUAUUUGAAUACCGAAUCAGCUGGGCCCCCGUUAUUGGAUGUAUGGAGGUGUCUGGUGGUCUCCCACGGUGUUCACGUUCCAAGGAAUGGGAUGACACCCGAAAAUUAGGCUUGGAACUCCGAGACUUAUGGCUGGAUGCUAUGGAAAAAUUAGCAGGUGCAAAUGCAAAUGAAAUAGUCUGGUGGGGUCUUACUGUAGUUGGCCUAAAGAUUAGAGUAUAUGCACUUGCUGCCGCCGGUGGACUAUUCCAUUUAGUCCUAAUGUAUGAAUGUCUUCUCCCAAGUUCUCCGGUAGAUCUUGUUAAUCUAGAACUUGCAUAUCUUGUAUUGAAAGAAUACAAGAAAAAACUAGAUGAAACAAGAGACAUUCUAUGUAAACUCAAUCAGGAAAGAAUAAAACUGAUUACUAGGGGAAAAAGAGGAUCAGACGAAUUGCUCAGAGAAGUUGGAAAAAAGCCAGAAAUUAUAAAUACGCCGGAACCAAGAAAGCGAAGUAGACAGUAA